AUGUCCGCCAUGUAUUCACAAUCGGAGUCUACUGCCAGUGUGGAGUCCGGGGAGGAGGGCUGCUUGCAGGCGCUGCUCGACAAAGAGCGGCAGCUUUCAGCCGAGAAGGACGUGCGCAUCCGACAUCUCGAGCUGCGUGUGAAGGCUCUUGAGUCGGAAUUGGAGAAGUCGCAGCGCAAGUCGGUGGUCAAGGAGCGCGAUGGGAAUGUUGCGAAGGCGCAGCAGGAGCUUCUGCAGGAGCUCCAGAAGCGGAAGGCCGUGCAAUACGAGCUGAUCAGCAGCGGGCAGCAGCUCUGCGAGUUGCAGGAGAAGAUCUACCAGCAGGAGAAGCAGCUCCAACAGAUGGGUCUCGGUAGCGUCGCGCCUUCGGUCCAUAGGUCGCCGGUGCUCUCGCGCAGAUCGGUGAGCGAGGGCGAGAAUCAGCUGGAGAAGGCGCAGUUGCCCCAGAACUUCAGCAGGCAGAUGUCGGACAAUGUGACAAGUGUGAGCUCACCGCAGGCGAGCACGUGCGAGGGCAGCCCCGGACGCAGUGGGAGCAGCUUUGGCUUUGGCAGCCCAGUUCCACCGUCCGACAGGCCUCUGACUAAGGAGGCCAACGCCAACGCCCGCGCCCGCAAUGACAGGGCCAACGCAAGUGAAAUGCUGUCAGUGUGCCGACGGAUGUCCGUGUCCGCCACGCAGCCGGGUUUGCGCAUGAUGGUGACACAUGGGUCAGCCACUGUGCCAGUGCGGGCCCCCAAGGCCGCGCCGGCCACGCAGGGUGCGCCGGCCACGGGCACGCAGGGCAUACAGGGCGUGCAGACACGCAGCUACAGCGGCUACCGUGCUGCGUCGCCUUUGCAGCAAAUAGGCGACCCCGCCCAGCCUUGGAGGUUGUGGCGCGCGAGACUCCAGUUAGAUUUUGCCUAUCGGCUACGUGGAGGCCGCGUGCAGCCAGCUGAUGUGCGGGCGGGCGCGCAGGGUGGGCGAGGUGCGUGCUCGAACAUCGGCCACAGAAUUACACGCCCCGAGCACGAAGAUGUCCCAAGCCGGGACCUUCGCAGCUGUCCGGCCAGCGGGGCGACCACUUUUUCAUGCGGCAUCAUGCCGCAGGGCAAUCGCACUCUUGUCGUUUUGAACUUUGCUUUUGCCCCGGAGGUCGGUUUGAAGGAAUCGCUGGAGAGUGCUUUGAAGUGGCGCUUCGCACGACAGGGCCUAGCCUGCGGCACGUCAAUAGAUGCGCCUUGGGCAAUGCUGCCGGCAUUCUCGCCGGAGAGCGAGAGGGGAGGCUACCUGGAUGUCGAGCCAGGGCCGGACAGACCGAAGACGAGCCACUUCUCUACAACGCUUCAGCCCUGGCGCACCUUCUUCGUCGCUCGCUUGCCGGAGAGCAGCGAGGAGGCCAAGAGCCGGGCCAAGAGGAACCUGCUCCAUUUCCAGGCCAACUACUUGGUGGUCACCGCAGUGGUGCUGGCAACGCUGCAGCUGAACAAUCCGCUGGGCCUCGCGGCCACGGUCUUGGUGGCGGCGCUUUGGGCGCUGCUGCCUCAGCUGCAGCUGGCGCCCCCCUUUCGCCUUGCCGGGCUGGCGGCGGUGUCGUUGUUGGUUCUGUACCUGGCGGCCGGGACGCUUCUCCUGAAUCUGGCCUUCGUUGCGCUCCUGUGCAGCGUGUGCCAUGCAGCCCUGCACCCGGGCUCUGUGGAGGUAGGGAAUUUCGAGCUCAUCAACGAGGACGAGCUUUGA